AUGGAAUCCUAUUAUAUUCUGGUUUUAAUAGCAGGAAUUUUAGUUGCUUUUGUAUUGCUGGUUUUAAUUGCAACUGAUCAUAAUUUCUUCAAGGGAGAGAUUCCUUCUGAUGUUGACCAGCCAGCAAAGCUCCGCCUUUAUCUCUGUAUGUACACUCUGAUGGAAAUUCUGGCAAAGAAUUUAAACCACUUGGGUAUCAUCAAAGAGCACAUAUUUAUCAGGCUGAUCACAGAUGGCCUCCCAGCAUGGCAGGAUUCCCAGCUCUUCAUUAAAGAUCUGCAUUUUGAUGGGGUACCCAUAAGGAUUUACCUCCCAAGAGAACCAUCUGCCAGCAAACGGAGAGGAGUUGUCUUCUUCCAUGGAGGAUGUGGCAUUUUCGGAAGCAUCAGAAGUUAUGAAAGAAUAUGCCGGUACAUAGCCAGAAAAUCUGAUUCAGUGGUUGUGUCUGUUGGGUAUCACUUAGCACCUGAGCACAAGUACCCAGCCCAAACUCUGGAAUGCCUCACUGCUACCGUGCACUUCCUGAAGACUGCAGACACCUACGGGGUGGACCCCGCUCGGAUUAUUGUUUGUGGGGACAGUGCAGGGGGCACGUUCACUGCCAGUGUUUGCCAAGAACUAGGGCACAGGACAGAUAUCCCAAAGAUUCGUGCCCAGCUGCUGAUCUAUCCAUUUCUGCAAGCACUGAACUUCAAUCUGCCGUCUCACCAGAAAAACGCUGCCGUUGCCUUCCUGUCCCGGGAGCGCACAGUCCAUUUUCUUCUCAAAUACCUGAAUAAGGAUUGCUCCCUGAAGGAACCAAUUCUGGCCGGUUCUCAUGUUCCUGAGAGUAUAAAUUUGAAAUAUAGGAAAUGGAUAAAUCCAGAUCUUAUUCCAGACGAGUUAAAACUGGGCUAUAAACCACCACUCCCCACUUUGUUUUUACCUCAAGUCCAUGAAGAAGUGCAAGAGCUGCUUGAACCCUGGAUCUCCCCGCUGCUGGCAGAGGAUGCUGUUGUUUGUGGUCUCCCUGACACCUGUCUUAUCACCUGUGAGCACGAUGUGCUCAGGGAUGAUGGGCUGUUGUACAAGAAACGCUUAGAGGACAACAACGUGCACGUGACCUGGCACCACGUGGAGAAAGGCUUUCACGCUGCCCUGGGGUUUUUUGGAUAUGGCAUUUUCUCUUUCCCAUCAUCAAGUAUUGUGAUGAACCAUGCUGUAGACUUUAUAAAAGGCUAUUAAAUCAUUUUCUUGCAUACAGUGCACUGGUAUUUAGAAAGUGA